AUGAACAACUUCGCCUCCCGCGAAUUCUACUCUAUCGUAAUCGGCGGCUCUGUCCUCGCCCUCAACGCCGGCUUCAUCAACGUCGUCACCCUCGCCGGCGUCUUCUCCGUCACCGUCUCUCACCACACAGGCAACGUCUCCAAAACCGCCAUCGCGCUGUACAACUGGGACCUCACCACCCUCGCCCUCGUCACCUCCAUCGUCUUCUCGUACAUGUUCGGCUCGUUCAUUGCCGGGUUCAUGGUCGGGGAUAACAAGUUCCGGCUGGGGAGGAGUUAUGGGUACAGUUUGAUGGUGGAGUCGGCUUGCUUGUUCGGGAGUUUCGUCUUUCUCCGCCGCGAGCUUUUGGUCGGGGAGUGGUUUGCGGCCUUCGGAUGCGGGCUGCAGAACGCGCUCGCGACGAGUUAUUCGGGCGCCGUGGUCCGCACCACCCACAUGACGGGCAUCCUUACCGACAUCGGCAACAUCCUCGGGCAAGCCUGCCGCGCCGACACGACCGCCGAACUCUGGCGCCUCAAAGUCCACGUACCGUUACUUGCGUCGUAUUUCUUUGGGGGGCUGAUGGGGCAGGUCUCGUACAACAUCAUGCAUGAGAAAUCGCUGUUGUUGCCGUGCUUCUUUACCGGCGGGAUCGCGUGUGUUUAUUUGACGAUGCCGAUGGUGAAAGAAGCGACUGUGGUGUUGCAGGAGACGGUGGCGCAUAUGGGGCUUUUGGGCGCCCAACCUGCUGUCGAAGUGAGGAUGGUAGGCGACCCGCGCGAACAUGAUGUGUAUGCAAAAGUGCAGGGACGCAACGUGGACGUGGACAUUCGCAACUUUCUGGCAGAUAUCGAGGAGGAUGAGGAGGGUGGUAAAGGAGGCGGGAGGAAGAUGUCGCAGCAAAAGCCGCUGGAGAUGGCGGAUGCGAGAAAAAGGAGUUUGAGUUUAGCGACGAGUCAGUUGGUUGCUGGGGAGUUGAAGGCUGCGGCAGAGGAACGAGAUGAAAUUUGA